GCACGGCAUCCCAUUAACCACCUGCCUCCGUUUCUUAUCAUUAAGUGAUUAAGGGCGGUGAUUAAGCCGGAUCAGGUCCUAAUGGCACGCGGCAGAACUUCGCCCUGAGGGUCCCGGGGAGCGGCUCCACCACCGCCACCACCUUCGGUCCGGUUCGGUCCGGUUCAGUUCGGUUCAGGCGGUGCGGAGCGGAGCCGGGUGGGAACGGGGCGGGAGCUCUGGGGCCGCCCCGCGGUACUGCCCCGCCCCAGCCCGGCGUCUGCGGGACAGAACGGGACGGGAGCGAGGGAGCAGCAGCAGCAGCGGCACUAGCAGCAGCAGCACUAGCACUAGCAGCAGUAGCAUGGGGCUGGAGCUGGAACUGUACCUGGACCUGCGCUCGCCGCCCUGCCGGGCGCUCUACAUCUUCGCCCGGUGCAACAACAUCCCCUUCGAGUUCAAGCACGUGGAGCUGAUGACGGGGCAGCAUAGGACCGAGGAGUUCAGGAAGGUGAACAUACUGAUGAAAGUGCCCGCACUGAAGGAUGGUUCCUUCACCUUAGCAGAGAGCAUUGCGAUCCUCCUGUACCUGGCGCGGAAAUUCAAGACUCCCGAUCACUGGUAUCCCUCUGACCUGCAGAAACAGGCCAGGGUUGAUGAGUACCUGUCGUGGCAGCACGCCAACAUUCGUGGGAAGGCAAGCAAGCUGUUCGUAAGUAAGGUGCUGGUACCUCUCCUUACAGGCCAGGCUCUGCCUCCAGAGAAACUGGAAGGUGCUAUCGAAGAGCUGAAUGUUGUCCUGAAUCAGUUUGAGGAGAAGUUCUUGCAGGACAAGCCCUUCAUUGUGGGCAGCCACAUCUCCUUGGCGGACCUCGUAGCCCUGGUGGAGCUCAUGCAGCCUGUCGCUUCUGGCUACGACCUCUUUCAGGAGAGGCCGAAGUUAGCGAAGUGGCGCAGUCGUGUGGAAGAAGCCCUGGGGAAGGAGAUCUUCCAGGAAGCACACGAAGAGAUCCUGAAUAUGAAGAACGUGACUGCUGAUAAAAUUGCACCCGAGCUGCUGGAACACUUCAAGCAACUGCUCUUAAAGCAGUCUUUCUGCAAGUUGGAAGGGAAGAAAACUACAUCUUAAACAGACGGCGGCGAGCCAGCCCUUGUCUGGUGCCCCUGCCUGGGGAGGGUGAGGGAACACCUGGCCACUAGAGGCUGCUGCGCUACCGGUCAGAGCAAAGGGACCCUGGGAGCAAGGAGGCUGUGCAAGUGUUCAGGUGAGAAGGAUGGGCUGAAUCCCACGAACGAGGAUCCCCAACAACAGCCUUAUGCCAUCAUCUACGUAGGUUAUGCACAGUUGGGAAAAGCCGAUUUUCUAGGUGAGACCGCUGCCAACCACGUGGUCGCCUUCCUCAAGCUAUAUUGGUGCUCCGUCCCUUCCCCAGAGCUGCCCUGGCAGCUCCAUGGAAAGCAUUUAAACCAGGUUCCCUACUGCUGAACAUUGCUGUGGCUGGGCCUGUACCGCGGGCAGAGGGAGCUGUGGUGGUCAGCCUCAGGGCAAGCGGAGUGCUUAGCAAGUGAGCUAACUAAUGCUGAAAUAACGUUCGUGUUCCACUACUCUUCUGUCAUGACAUAUUCUCCAGUAAAGUUUAUCAUUACAUUUGCAA